AUGAAGCAGAUGGCCAAAAUCGACCUCGCGAUCCUGUCCCCGGGGCCCGGGCGCCCGUCGGAUUUCGGCACCGACGCCCACAUUCGGCGGUUGCUCGACCGGGACAUUCCCAUCUUCGGGGUCUGCCUGGGCCUGCAGAGCCUCGUGGAGUACUUCGGGGGCGAGCUGGGGCAGCUGCACUACCCGAUGCACGGGAAGCCAAGCAAGGCCUCGGUCACCAAAGAAGGCGCUGCCGCGUUCAAGGACAUCCCCGACACAUUUGGGGUGGCGCGGUACCACUCGCUGUACGCCAAGAGGCCUCUGCCAGAGUGCCUGGUGGAGACCGCGUACAUCUCCGGGCAGCCGGUGGCGGUGGACGAGAGCAAGGAGGUGAGCGGCGACCUGCCGAUCAUCAUGGGCAUCAGGCACAAGACGAAGCCCAUAACCGCCGUGCAGUUCCACCCAGAGUCCAUCCUCACGUCGCCGACCGAUGGGCUGCAGAUUUUGAUGAACGCUCUGAAGAUGAGAGCACAGUAG